AUGGAGGCGCUGAAGAAAGGAUUUAGCAAAGCCAAGGAAGGAGUGGUGGUGGCAGCCACGAAGACCAAGCAAGGAGUGAGUGGCGCGGCUGAGAUGACCAAAGAUGGGGUCCUGUUCGUCGGCAACAAAACAAUCGGUGGAGUCACAACAGUUGCAGGUAAAACUGUGGACGGCGUGAGUCAGGUGGGCGAGGCAAUGGUUAAUGGGGUGACCACAGUGGCCCAGAAAACAGUGGAGGGGGCAGGAAACAUCGUCGCCGCCACUACCGGAUUGGUCAAGAAGGAUCCUGCUAAAUCAAGCAAUGACAACUCCACCGCUCAAGAUGCGGCCGAGUCACCGGUGGACACUGACACCACUGACGCCACCGAGGACGACACAGACUGA